AUGGUUGUUCAAGAAAACAUUGGCAGUGAUGGUGAAAAUCGUUCACAAAAGAUUGUUAAGGUUGAUGAGAUUAAAAACUAUUUGGAUUGUCGGUACUUAUCGCCGUGUGAAGCUGUGUGGAGAAUGCUUGCAUUCCCUAUACAUUACUCAUUCCCAUCCGUCAUGAAACUAACGUUCCAUACACCUAACCAACAUCUACUCACGUUACGUGAUUCUGACAGUUUGCCAGCCCUUUUAAACCGUGAGGGGAUACGAGACACAAUGUUCACCCAAUGGUUUGCGUUGAACAACAUAGAUGCAGCGGCAAGAAACCUUACGUACGCCGAGAUACCAACAAAGUACAUCUGGCAUGAUGAUAACAAGGUAUGGAAAACGCGGUUGGAACGGCCAGCAAUUGGGCGGAUCGUGUAUUGCAAUCCAGCAGCUGGGCCAAAGUAUUACUUAAGGAUGUUGUUAGGGAUUGUGAGAGGGCCCCGAAGUUUUGAAGAAAUAAAAACGGUCGACGGUAUCGUAUAUGAAACGUUCAAAGAAGCCUGCUAUGCGUAUGGCUUGCUUAAUGAUGACAAGGAAUGGAAUGACGCUCUCUCAGAGGCUAAACUAUGGGCAUCCGGCUCCCAGCUACGGGAGUUAUUUGUUACCAUGUUAUUGUUUUGCGAAGUGAAGCGCCCAUCGCAACUGUGGUCACAGAAUUGGGAAAUACUAUCAGAUGAUAUCUUAUACAUGAAACGUAGACUCUACAUGUUCCCAGGACUACAUUUAUCAGACGACCAACUUAAGAACUACUGCCUGAUUGAACUAAAUGAACUGUUGGAAAAAAACGGGAAAUCAUUGGUGGAUUUCCCGGAUAUGCCACAGCCAGAUACGUCGCUCCUCGAUAGGAUGGAUAAUCGUCUAAUCAGAGAAGAGUUGAGUUACAACAAAAAAAAGAUGACAGACGAGCACGAACAAUUAUAUGCAUCACUCAACACGGAACAAACGGCCAUCUACAACACAGUCAUUGAUUCUGUUACCACCCACAAAGGAGGGUUUUAUUUCGUCUAUGGUCCGGGUGGGACAGGCAAGACUUUCCUAUACAGAGCCAUCCUGUCACGUUUGAGAUCGAUGGGACUAAUUGCUCUUGCGGUUGCAUCUUCAGCACGUGUUCCAUUAAAACAGAAUACCCAAUUGGCACACCUUUUGCAGGAGGUACGGUUAAUCAUCUGGGACGAAGCACCAAUGAUGCAAAAAUUUGCAUUUGAAGCACUGGAUAAAACACUUAGAGACAUCUUGGGGUUUUGUUCCACCACAAACAGGGAACGUGCCUUUGGUGGCAUGCCUAUCUUACUUGGUGGUGAUUUCAGGCAAAUCCUUCCCGUCAUCCCAAAGGGAAAAAGAGAAGAUGUUGUUCAAGCAUGCAUAAAUAAAUCGUAUCUGUGGAAAAAUUGUGAACUCUUCACUCUCCACCGUAGUAUGCGUGUCAACGAAUACACCUCAACGGGUGUAGUAGACAUUGAAAGGCAACGUUUCAACAAAUGGUUGUUAGAAAUCGGCGAUGGAAUUGUUCCCUCGAAAGCCAAAGAAGGUGAAGAUGAACCAACCUGGAUCGAGAUACCCGCCAGGUUUAUCAUUGAUAGUUGUGGCCUUCCUGUGGACUCGAUUGUUAAUGUUGUCUUCCCGUCGUUUACAGAAAGGCAGGGCGAUGAUGAUUUUUUGUGUGAAAGAGCAAUACUAACCCCCCGCAACGUAGACGCGGAUGAAAUCAAUGCUUACAUGUUUCGGCAAUUAAGACAGACCACAAAGACCUACAAGAGCUCCGACGAAAUAUGUCGUGCAUCCACGGAUGUAUUGGAACAGGAACAACUCUACCCGUAUGCCACCGCACGCUUUGGAUUUGAAAGAAGGUCUCCCUAUCAUGCUUUUAAGAAAUGUGAACCCCUCCCAAGGCUUAUGUAA